CUUCCUCCUCUACCAAUCGAUCUUCCUCCUCGUAUCCUCUCCACCCUCCUCGGCGGCGGCGGCGGCGGAAGCGGCGAUGGCGAGCCCGCAGCGGAUCGAGCUGGACAAGCUGAGCGUGGAGCAGCUCAAGGCCGUCAAGGAGCAGACGGAUCUGGAGGUGAACCUCCUCCAGGACAGCCUCACCAAGAUCCGCUCCGCCGCCACCCGCCUCGAGAGCGCCUCCGCCGCGCUCCACGAUCUCUCCCUCCGCCCCCAUGGGAAGAAGAUGCUCGUGCCGCUCACGGCGUCCCUGUACGUGCCCGGCACGCUGGACGACUCCGAGAAGGUCCUCGUCGACGUCGGCACCGGCUACUUCAUCGAGAAAACUAUGACUCAAGGCAAAGAAUACUGUGAAAGGAAGAUUAAUUUGCUAAAGUCUAAUUUUGAUGAACUAGUUGAGAUGGCUACCAAGAAGAAAACCAUAGCUGACGAAAUGGGUGUGCUUCUACAAGCCAAGCUGAGGCAGUCAUCGCCGAGCCCGAGCUCAUGAGAGCCGACCACACUUUUGUCUCCACCUUGUUAGAUGGCCAGGUUGAGUAGUUUGUGGCAUCCAUCUUAGCCAACAUAGGAAAAUAUUAGCUGCUCUGGUCGUGUCUGUGCAAUGGCAACCGGUUCACUUCGAUGUUUAUUGAAAGAACCUGCCUCAUCAAGUUGCCCAGAAAUUGGGCGUUGGAUAUGCAACGGAGAUUAUAAUUUUAUGGCUUCAGUUGCAAAAGAUAGCCGAAUUGUCAUAAUCAUUCGUGUGGUCGUUUAAAUUUGAAAAGCUGAAUUCAUU